CCCGCAGACACAUCUAACCUGGCUGGCUUUUAGCUUCCCCGCCCCGCGCAGCAGGGUCUUCUACAGCACCCGGGUCCUUUUUAGCAAUGUCAUUUCUCACUUUAAGGGACGCAAGACUUGUUUCUUAAAGGAAUAAGCGGAGCUAUCUGGGGAAGCCAGGGGGCGGGCGACGCUGGGUCGGCGCCGGCUGGAGCGCCCGCAGGGGCGGGCCGGGGUUCGGGGCGCUGCCCGCGGUGACGCGCGGCCCCCGCCCGCCGCAGCGCCACUGCGAUGGCUGAGCCCGGCCGUCGGACGCCGCCGCCCGAAGCCUGAUCGCGGGGAACCUUGGUGAGUGAAAAAAUGUAGCGGAGUGGCACCUGCCAAGAGCUUGGCUUGGAUACCCUGGCCCGGACGGAGCAGCUGCCCCUGGGCGUCUUUCAGGCCAUCCAGCCUCACCAUGUCAAAGAAGGGCGCAGGCAGCCGGGCCAAGGGGGACAAAGCAGAGACACUUGCUGCCUUGCAGGCUGCCAACGAGGAACUGCGAGCCAAGCUCACGGACAUCCAGAUCGAGCUGCAGCAGGAGAAGAGCAAGGUCAGCAAAGUUGAGCGGGAGAAGAGCCAGGAACUGAAGCAGGUGCGCGAACACGAGCAGCGCAAGCACGCGGUCCUGGUCACAGAGCUCAAGACCAAGCUACAUGAGGAGAAGAUGAAGGAGCUGCAGGCCGUGCGGGAGGCACUGUUGCGGCAGCACGAGGCCGAGCUGCUGAGGGUCAUCAAGAUUAAGGACAAUGAGAACCAGCGGCUGCAGGCGCUGCUCAACACCCUGCGGGAUGGUGCGCCCGACAAGGUGAAGACAGUGCUCCUGUGUGAGGCGAAGGAGGAGGCCAAGAAGGGGUUUGAGGUGGAGAAGGUCAAGAUGCAGCAAGAGAUCUCAGAGCUCAAGGGGGCCAAGAAGCAGGUGGAGGAGGCGCUGACCAUGGUCAUCCAGGCUGACAAGAUCAAGGCUGCGGAGAUCAGGAGCGUCUACCAUCUGCACCAGGAAGAAAUCACCCGAAUCAAGAAGGAGUGUGAGCGUGAGAUCCGCAGGCUGAUGGAGGAGAUAAAAUUUAAAGACAGAGCAGUCUUCGUGCUGGAAAGAGAGUUAGGGGUUCAAGCCGGGCAUGCCCAGAGACUGCAGCUCCAGAAAGACGCUCUAGAUGAGCAGCUUUCCCAGGCCAAAGAGGCUGAGCGGCACCCAGGCAGCCCCAGACGGGAACUUCCUUAUGCAAGCGGUGCAGGAGACGCCUCAGACCACUCAGGAAGCCCUGAACAGCAGUUGGAUGAAAAAGAUGCCAGGCGCUUCCAACUUAAAAUCGCCGAGUUAAGUGCCAUCAUCCGUAAACUAGAAGACCGAAACGCCUUGCUGUCUGAAGAGAGGAAUGAACUGUUAAAGCGGUUGAGAGAAGCUGAAAGUCAGUACAAGCCAUUGCUGGAUAAGAACAAGCGCCUUACUCGGAAAAAUGAAGACUUGUCUCACACUCUGAGGCGCAUAGAAAGCAAACUGAAGUUUGUCACUCAGGAGAACAUAGAGAUGAGGCAGAGAGCGGGUAUCAUCCGGAGACCCAGCUCUUUGAAUGACCUUGACCAAAGUCAAGAUGAGAGAGAGAUUGACUUCCUAAAGCUCCAGAUUGUGGAACAGCAGAACCUCAUUGACGAGCUUUCUAAGACCCUGGAGACAGCAGGCUAUGUGAAGAGUGUGUUGGAACGUGACAAGCUGUUGAGGUAUCGGAAACAAAGAAAGAAAAUGGCGAAACUCCCCAAGAAGCCGGUUGUCGUGGAGACCUUCUUUGGAUACGAUGAAGAAGCUUCCCUGGAAUCCGAUGGUUCCUCCAUUUCUUACCAAACUGACAGGACGGAUCAGACCCCUUGCACCCCUGAAGAUGACCUGGAAGAGGGUAUGGCCAAGGAAGAGACAGAGCUGAGGUUCCGGCAGCUGACCAUGGAGUACCAGGCAUUGCAGCGAGCCUACGCCUUGCUGCAGGAACAAGUCGGAGGGACACUGGACGCAGAACGAGAAGUUAAGACCCGUGAGCAGCUGCAAGCUGAAAUACAGAGAGCACAGACACGGGUGGAGGACCUGGAAAAGGCACUGGCUGAGCAGGGGCAGGAUAUGAAGUGGAUUGAGGAGAAGCAAGCACUGUAUCGAAGGAAUCAAGAGCUUGUGGAAAAGAUAAAACAAAUGGAGACCGAGGAGGCCCGGCUGAAGCACGAGGUCCAGGAUGCAAAGGACCAGAAUGAGCUUCUGGAAUUCAGGAUCCUGGAGCUUGAGGAGAGGGAGAGGAAGUCACCUGCCAUCAACUUCCACCAUACACCUUUUGUGGACGGGAAGAGCCCCCUUCAGGUGUAUUGUGAGGCCGAAGGUGUCACGGACAUCCUGGUCACAGAGCUGAUGAAGAAGCUGGAUAUCCUGGGGGAUAACGCCGUAAGUAAUCUGACCAAUGAGGAACAAGUGGUUGUCAUUCAAGCCAGGACAGUCCUGACCUUGGCAGAAAAGUGGCUCCAGAGGAUUGAAGAGACAGAGUCAGCCCUACAGCGGAAAAUGGUAGAUCUGGAGAGCGAGAAGGAGCUGUUCAGCAAGCAGAAAGGCUACCUGGAUGAGGAGCUGGACUACAGGAAGCAGGCCUUGGACCAAGCCCACAAGCACAUCCUGGAGCUGGAAGCCAUGUUGUAUGAUGCCCUGCAGCAGGAAGCCGGGGCCAAAGUGGCUGAGCUGCUGUCAGAAGACGAGCGGGAGAAGCUCAAGGUGGCGGUGGAGCAGUGGAAGCGCCAGGUCAUGAGCGAGCUGCGAGAGCGUGACGCGCAGAUCCUGAGGGAGCGCAUGGAACUGCUGCAGAUUGCACAGCAGAGAAUUAAAGAGCUAGAAGAAAGAAUAGAAACCCAAAAGAGACAAAUAAAGGAACUGGAAGAAAAGCUUUCAUUCUCUGGUCAUAGCUGUUCUUGGCACCCUGAACUGCCCUCUGCGAAGGUGGACCUUUGUCCUCUAACAGGACCAGAAAGCAGCAGGUACCAGAGGAAGCAUGGGAAAUUGCAUUUCAACACUGAAGACUCGGGAGUGUUUGGGCUCUGUGCCCUGCCCUGUGGAGGGUGAGGGCAAAAGCACUGUGACCUGCAGCCACUGUCCACUUGGGGGUGAGCCAGGGCUAGAACUGGUGUUGCUGACUAGUGUUUUUCUAGGAGAGGCCUAGCCUUGGCUGCUGGGUCCUGGUGACCUUCAGCCCAGAGAGCAGGCCCCAGCCCAAUCACAGCAAUGUGGUAAUGUUCCCUGCCAUGCAGGGGUAAGAACUGCUCCUGUGCUGGAGCCCACACUGGACAUCCCCCUCGUUCCCAUAGUGACCAUCAGUACUCUUGGAAGAAGAUCUCAGAACUGCCCAGACUUGCCCCUAAUGGCAAGAUGAAGGCUGUGGUCUCAGUGGUGACCCUGAGCAUCGCACUGAGGUCACUCACUGUGGUCCUGAGCACUUGCACAUGGACAGAUUCCAUGCCCAACCUUUCUCUAUUACAUUGGUGUCUCUGUAAGGAUGGAGUCAUGACCUCCCACUGGUCCCCUACCCUACCCCCAGACACCAAAGCUAGACUCCUAUCCAAGUCUGCUGGCCAGGAACACAGUGGAAAGACCAGAGAAGAGACCAAGGUGUGUAUGAGAUGAGUAUACAGAAGCCUGGCCUGUAUGGAUCAAAGCACAGCCCAGACACGGAGGAGGUGUGGCCCUCCUAGCCCGGAAGACCCUCAGCAGGUGGGCCUAGCCUGAGAACUUCAGUGGCAAGGGCAGGUGAUGAAGGUAGCUGAAGAUGGCCUCGUCCAGAGCUGAUACACAUAGGAAAUGGUCUGGGAGAGAAGGUGAAGACAAGAGGCACCUAAAGGUUCCAUGAACUUCAGAAGGUAGCCACAGUCCAAUGGCCUACAGAGAGAAAACAGCACAGCCCUGGAGAUGGCUCAAAUGGGAUUUCCGUGAUUCUAGAUGGUUCAUCCGCAGUCCGGGAAAGUCUUCCUUUGUGUGGGCCAGACUGCGUCCCUAUUUGGAGGUCGUUCUUUUGUCCUCAUCACAUCCUUGCUAGUCUAAGGUUGCCUCCCUCUGUGCUGAAAUUAGGAGGGGGUGUGUGUACGUGUGUGUUCAUGUGUGUGCUUGCUCAUUGAGAGAACUCAGUGCAUGGAUUAGAACCCUUUCAAAGCGCCUACAGGUUGAUGCACUGGAUAGUGAUAUAUACGGCUGGGUGCGAUCAUUACCUUCAGCAUUGUAUAUUACGAAGCCCAGUAGCCAGGGGGAAGAGUGAGAGCAUUGUCUGAAAGUAUUAGGUUCACUUUGUAUUUGUGUCAGGAGAAAUGUUCCGCCGUGGUGCAGAUGACCAAGUAGUUAUGAACCCCUAGGUCAAAGUCAGAGGAAAGCUGACAGGAUUGGACACACAGGCCUUUUUCUUCAGUGGCUACAGGAUUUCUGCUGGGAAAUGCGCGAAGGGCACUUGGUCCUUCCUAUUGUCAUUUGUGUGCAGCCAUCAGUUCUCUAGCUGAGCCUGACGCUGGGUUUGGCCUGAAAUAGUCAGUCCUUAGCGCAGGUUUCAUCUGAUUCAAAGGACUUCUUCCUCUUGGCUCAUUUGCCGUGCUUGGCACUGAUUGACAAUAGUAGCUGGUAUUAGCAAUGCUGCCACAGAUCUGUAGGGGAGGUAAACCAUUGGGUCAGAAACCUAUGGACUGUGCCAUACGGGCAUCUAGAAGUGGUCUCAGUUCCAUACUGCUCCCUGCCUACCAGAGCCCCUGGACCAGCUCCAGGUGGACUUUCCGGAGAACAGUAGCUGAUUAGGAGCAAAAGUUGCACCGGAACCUCAACCCCACCUCACAUCCCUCUGGGUUGGUUGGAUCAUGGCUCUGCAUGUUCUGUGCGUGUCUGAAAUACUUCUAUUACCCCCUGGCACUCUAAAUGACAGGUCUGGGGACUUUGUUUAUUGUUUCAAAGAAAAAGUACACAAGAAGGAGACGCAUGUAAAUAAGUACCAAUGCUCACAAAGUCGCCAUUGUUUAUAUGUAAAGUACAUGUACAUAGAAAGAAAAAUGGCUCAAUGAAUGUUGGAUAAUAUCCCACGAACCAAACUGCAUUAUUCCUGAGAGCACAUGUUUAGCUGGAAGGCUGCUCUUCUCUUUAGAUCUCAUUGUUUUCAUCCAUAUGUCAUAAGCACCUUCAUGUCACCUAAUCCCCAAAUUCAGGUCUGAACUUUGGGACAAUGCGGUAUAAAUGUGAGCCUUUGUAACUGAUUCUUGCUGCCAACGAGCAUCUGAAGAGCUCAAGCAUUUCAAAAGUAAGGUGCAUUUUCUACAUCCCAGACUGAAUCUUUUAUCCUAAAUGCUGGGUUGGAUGGGAUUCUCUUGCUGCUAACUCCUAAAACGGGACAUCUGUGUGCAAUGGCACUGCCUUGGUGAAGCAACGAGAGGGAGCCUGACCCGGCCCCUGGGAACUCAAAUGUGUCACUGAGGUGUGGGCCCGGCCUCAUGUUGCAUUAAGUUGUCAGCCCGCUCACAUCACUCUGUGUGCAUGACGGAACAGCAUUCGGUAUUUUCAUUUGUCUAAACUGGAGAUCCACGUGACCGUAAACCGCGGAGUCCUUUGUGAACGGCCAUGUGGUGUCUACUUUGUUUCCAUGGUCUAGCGUUCUGUUGCUGAAGGCCUAUGGCUGUGACUUAAGUCUCUGCCCUCGCAGACUCUGUAGCCUUCAGGAAACCUGAGUGCCUUACACGGCUUAUAAACACCAACUGGGAGUCAGGAGGGAGAGUGAAGGGUGGCUAUGAGGCAGUGCUAGCUGAUCAGCUCCCGCCAUCACUCCCCAUUGAACCCAUGAGGUGGGUUGUGUGUUAUAACACAGAGAUGGAUUUAAGUUUAGGCUCAGGAAAAUCAUAUUGUGAAUAUAUGUAUCAAAGCAUAUAUUUAUUGUAACUUUUCUAAAAAGCUUUAUUGUAAACUUAUGCAAAAAGGAGCAGAACUUGGCUUCUCGUGGCAAAGUGCCAGGCAGUAUUUGUGUUCAAUGAAGCAAUUCUUAACACACCCCUCUAAACACGUAACCUUUCCGUUCAGUGCUCACCAGUAUUCCCAGGCUUAAACUAGGUUUGUAUGGUGGUCAAUUAUAAAUUUUACACAUAUUUUUGUAUUGUGGUUCCUAUAAUAUAUACCAGAGAAUUUUUACUUAUUUGUAAAUUAUUGUACAGUUUUAAUAAAACUCGUUUUAAAUCCUA